UUUCACUGUAGCCCGCAGUCCCUGGACUCCCACAGCUAUUGAACACUCUCCACUCCCUAUCUUUCACUGUAACUAACCCGCAGGAACCGCAGUCCCAAGACAUCCUUCGAUGUCAAACAAUACCAGCUGCUCUCGAAGCAAUUGUCUCUUUCCUAUUCCUUUGCAAUGACACCCCAUCUACAUCCGCGCUCGCGGUCAACGAGUUCUCUCUUCGCCGCCUCUCUUUUCGCUUCCUUCGUCGUCGUUGGCCUGCCGCAUCUCUUCCCAUGCCCUGCCCCACGCCGCACGCUCGCCGAUUCAGAGAUGACCGUCACGCCUGAUGGUCAGCAAUUACAGAGAUAUAGAAGACGAAGGAGAAGGGAUGUGGAUAGCGCUGAUGGAGCUGUCAAUGUGGAGGGCCAUAAAUCUCCCGUGAUGGAUGAAGACGUAUCAGCCUUCCUCCAACUGGAGGCGGAGGCUAAGAAACUAUCCGAACAUCGCAGAGAAUGCCCAGUUCCGAAACCUGGUGGGAUAUUAGGCGAGCUAUUGGGGUUCAAGACUGGAGGGAAUGAACGACAUCAAGGGCAAGUGCCACAAUCGGACGUUUCCAGUUGAGGAAUUCAAUAAGCAACAAAUAUUUUGGUGUCGGAUCUUCAUGGAAUGUUGAGUAUAUUAUCUAUUUUGGCAUUGUGGUUUUUUGUCUCCUUUGGGACUGUCAUCGCUAUGGUUGUCUUUCAAGACUGGGGGUGAGUGUGUCGACGCUGUACCUGCUAUCCGCUGUAUUACUAUUUUAUACCAGAGGAUUACUGUAUCCUCCCUUCCAGUUGCCUCAGACAUGGCAGUCAGAUCUGUGCUAUUAUAUUUAUGAAGUCAUCAUUGGG